GCGCAAGGCCUGCUGGGGGCCGGUUGCCGCGGCCAAGAUGUCGCUGAUCAAGAAAAGAAAGCUUGAGUCGGGGGGUGGCGGCGCAGGAGGGGAGGGAGCCGAGGAGGAAGAUGGCGGGGAGCAGGAGGCAGGCCCGCCACGACCCCGGAGGACUAAGCGCGAGCGAGACCAGCUGUACUACGAGUGCUACUCCGACGUAUCGGUCCACGAGGAGAUGAUCGCCGACCGCGUCCGCACCGACGCCUACCGCCUGGGCAUCCUGCGGAACUGGGCCGCGCUGCGAGGCAAGACCGUGCUGGACGUGGGCGCGGGCACCGGCAUUCUAAGCAUCUUCUGCGCCCAGGCCGGUGCCCGGCGCGUGUACGCGGUGGAGGCCAGCGCCAUCUGGCAACAGGCCCGGGAGGUAGUACGGCUCAACGGGUUGGAGGACCGCGUGCACGUCCUGCCGGGCCCGGUGGAGACCGUGGAGCUGCCGGAGCAGGUAGAUGCCAUCGUGAGCGAGUGGAUGGGCUACGGACUUCUGCACGAGUCCAUGCUGAGCUCCGUGCUGCACGCGCGGACCAAAUGGCUGAAGGAGGGCGGUCUCCUCCUGCCAGCUUCCGCGGAGCUUUUCGUGGCCCCGAUUAGCGACCAGAUGCUGGAAUGGCGUCUGGGUUUCUGGAGCCAGGUGAAACAGCACUAUGGCGUGGACAUGAGCUGCCUGGAAAGCUUUGCCACGCGCUGCCUCAUGGGCCACUCAGAGAUCGUGGUGCAGGGUCUGUCCGGCGAGGACGUGCUGGCCCGGCCGCAGCGUUUUGCCCAGCUCGAGCUGGCCCGCGCCGGCCUGGAGCAGGAGCUGGAGGCCGGUGUAGGCGGGCGCUUCCGCUGCAGCUGCUACGGCUCCGCGCCUCUGCACGGUUUUGCCAUCUGGUUUCAGGUGACCUUCCCUGGAGGGGACUCGGAAAAACCCCUGGUGCUGUCCACCUCGCCUUUUCACCCGGCCACUCACUGGAAGCAGGCGCUCCUCUACCUGAAUGAGCCGGUGCCGGUGGAACAAGACACGGACAUUUCUGGCGAGAUCACUCUGCUGCCCUCCCGGGACAACCCCCGACGCCUGCGCGUGCUUCUGCGCUACAAAGUGGGGGACCAGGAGGAAAAGACCAAAGACUUUGCCAUGGAGGACUGAGCGUUGCCUUUUCACCCAUCCACCUUCUUCGGAAGGUCGGAAGAGAAAAGGAGAUCUGUGCAAGUAGGAGACCUAUGUGUCUCCUCUUCCUCACCGUUUCUGGGAAAGGGAGAGUGACUUCAGUCUUCCUUUGAGGACAUUCUUCUGGCAAUGUUUAUUUAAAAAGCACCGUUUACAGUAUCAGCAUGGCUAUACAAGAAGAGCAAUAUAUGCCACUGAGUACCGAAGGAUCCAGAGGAGCUCCACGGCCUUUGGGAUGAACACACUUGGAAGGGAUGAAAGCCUGAGGUGUGUGGACACCCAGGCACUGUCCAAUGCAUUAUGUAGAUUGGGACUGGUAAUAUGGAGCCCUUAAGGCUCCAGGUCUGGAUUACCAGACCCAAGACAGCACCAUGGUAAAGUUCAUCUACCUCCCGCACAGUUUACAUUUAUUUAUCCUUGUAAAAUCUUCCAUUUGUUUUCCAUUAAUUUAUGGAGCCUAUGAACGUAGUUACUAAAAAUAUAAUCCAAUAGUCAUUGUGAUAGGUAUUUGGGAUUACAAACUAAAAGAAUGUGAACUCUGCCCUCUAUUAGAUCACUACCACUACAGAAACUAAAAGCCAUGAUCAUAGGGUGGGAUGGUUUUAGUAACAGGAAGGAUAAAGUAUUUUACACAUUAAGUAAAAAGGUUUCUGUAAGUUCCAUAGAAAAAUUUGUUAUUUGUUGUUUGUUUUGUGAAAUGGGGUCACAUGUAGUGCAUCAUUGUCCUGGAACUCACUGUGUAGCUGAGAAUGACCUUGGACUCUUGAUGUUUCUAACUGUACCUUCCAGAUGCUGGAGUUAACAGCUCUGCCACUGUGCCCAGGACAUACCUAAUGCUUGGCAGUUAGAUCUUAGGCACAACUCUUUGACUUCCUAGACCUAAACAAAAAUUCACUUUCAUUAUAUUAAUACUGCAUACUUCAGUUGAGAACAGAACACUACAGACCACCUUAAUGGUAACAACGGUUUAAUUAUUUGAUGAUAAAGGAAAAGUGUUUAGUACUAGGGAACCUCACAGGUGACCCCAGACGUGCCUGAAAGCACCAUCUUCCGUGUAUAAGGCCUUCCUUUUGACAUAGUAGGCACUCAUUGGGACAACCCCUAUUUUUAUAUCCCUAACAGUGAAUCAAGGGUGACACUGUGGGGUCCCCAGAAAACUGAAUCCAUGACAGCAGCAAAGGCAAGUGAACUCCUUAUCAUUUUGGUCAUGACAGAUAGGGCCAUCGGAUAGAUCUAAAGGAGAUGUAGAAAGUAGCAUGAGGAGUUCAGAAGGUAGACAUGAAAGGUACCCGCUGCAGACAGCUGCCAGUCCUGGUGUCGCCCCACAGUUUGCACUACCCAGUACCUAAGAUAGGGAGCAUCUCCACACAGGCCCCACUCCCCACACAUGCUCAUCUGUGUGUUUCUCCAUUAAGGUUAUUAUCAUCAACUCCACAGUAUUUAAGCACUAGGAUAAAUUAGUACAUCUCUGCUCAAGAUGUAGGAUAGCAUGGGGACUAUAAAAUGGCAUCAGUUGUUUGCAUGCAUCCAUAAGCCUGGAAAGCCUUUCUAGCUCUCUGCCGAGCAAAGUUGGAAAGGCAGCUCUCAUCCUUUAAGCCUCUCCAAGGAUUGAAAAAUCUUCUUCCUAUCAUCAGGUAAAUUGUGAAUGCCUGCAAAACUUUCCCAUCUGAUGUUCUCAAAUUAGACCAUAUGCUCCAAAAUAUUGGUCCAUUCCAUAACAGACAAAAUACAUUAAAUAGGUGAUCCUUCUCAGCUACUAAAACAAACAAACAAAAAAAUGUAAACCAAAUCUAUACCCAGCUCUGUGUAUUGGUGGCUGUGUGUGUGUCUUUGAGUCUGUUUCUGUGUCUUCCCCAGCUUUCUACAUGAUUUCAUUUCCAUGCUCCAAUUUGAAUUUAUCCUUUCACUUGUAAUAAAUAUCACAUAUUUUAUUAGGAUUUAUGUAACCUGGUCUAUUCUUUGGGGUUCUUAAAUCCUCUUGGAUUGGAGUGUGACUCUGUGGUUGAAUAUUUGACGAGCCUAGGCAAGCCCCUGAAUUUAAACCCAGCACUGCAGAAAACAGCAGGCUUUCUGGUGUAACUUCAGAAGAAAUUCUGAAGAUGAAAAUGUUUCUGACAAAGGACUAGAUGACUCUGAAGCAUAACGCCCUUGUUUCCAAUAAAUGUGAUUGUCUGAGGUUUUCCAUUUGGAUGGGGAACUGGUUUGAUACUAUCCUAGCCAGUUUUUCAGAUGCUGACAUUUUAAAUAAUCAAAAUUUCUAAAGAUGUGAAAAAUGCUCAACUGUUUUCCCUAAGCCUAGACCAGACCUGAUGAGUCUUACACAUCAUAGUAAAGAGAGGUACAGAUUUCUAAACAUUUUCCAUAAUGCAUCAAAAUAGUUUAAUGAGAAGAAAGCAUGUGGUAUAAUUAAACCAUAUCUAAGCCUGUUGGGGAGAAUUGAAUUUAAUUCAAUACUA